ACCCAGAAAAAAGUGAAACCAUUAUGCUCCUGCCUUAGAAAGUCUGCUCGUGCAGAAACUCUGACACCACAGGUAACCACCUUCUCCCUUCUAGGGAGCCUGUUCAAAGCCCCAGGACUGGACGCUGCCACGGGCCAGGGGCCCCACAGGCCUGGGACUGACCCAGCUGUCUCACCCCUCCUCUCUCCUGGAACCUUCCAGGUCCAGGUGUAAACCCCCACUCCCCCACCCCACUUGCUUUGGGACCGAGGCGUCUCGGCCCACCCCAGCUCCUUCUCUCCCUGCCGGGCUGGUGCUCCAGAGCUGCCUCUGCCUUUCCAGGGAGAUGGGCUCUGGGCCCCCAUAGCAGCUUUCCUGCAACUUCCUGCGUCCUCAUGAGGAGCUUCUGAUUCAGCCUAUCUGGGGCCGGUCCUGGGAAGCUGCAUUUCUGACAAGUUCCCAGUGGUUUGAUGCCACUGACCACUCCUCCAGGGAAAGCCGGGGAGAUAAAGAUUUUAGGCCAAAGGAAGGCCUUUCCUGAAGGAUCGUGGGAUGAGAAGAUAUCAUCACGGGGCCAAACAAAGCCGCCAGCAUGGCCGUCUCCCCCGGCACAGCGACAGCUCCAGCAGAGUUGUCUUACAGAGUCACCAGGGCAGCACCCCAGGAAACUCCCCCAACUCAAGUGACAGCCCGGCUCCUCCCGUCCUGACGGCCGAUGGCGAGCGUUCUGGGCGGGGGCGUGGGGGCUCGUGGCCAAGCCCCCGGGGUCCUCCUGCUGGGGGCCACUCAGCGCGGGGUCAGCACUUCAUCACCCAGGCAGCCGAGGAGCACGAGCACAGAGGACUUACUGUUCUUGACGAUGCAGCUGAGCUCCUGUGGGGGGAAGAUGCGGGCGGUCACCGUCGGCAAAGAGCUUCCGCACGUGGGCCGGGCUCCGGCGUCCCCAGGGUCACCCCCUCCCUCUCGCCUUUGGGGGCCCCACUUGGAGGGACCACACCCUCCUCAUGCUUUCUGCCGACCGAGGGGAAGCGGGUGAGAAGUGGGCACAGCACAGGCAGAGUGGGACUGGAGGAGAUGCUGGGAGUCAGGGACUGUCUACCUCCAGACACUGAGGUUUCCCCUGGGCACCCCAGAAACACCCCCAAAUCUCUUGAGGCUUCUGGGCAACAAGACGGGGACAAAACCUGCCACUCCCCCCCACCCCCCGGGUCACAGGAUCAGUCACAGAAAACUCACCCCGUGGGCACAGACUUUACAGAUAACAUCUCACCCGCGAUUAUGGACUCCCUUGGGGCUGCCUCACACUCCGGCAGUCCCCCUGGCUCUCUGACCCCCGGGGGAGAUCUGGGCCGCGUUCAGAAGUCCCCAUUACAAGCACAGGGACACCUUCGGCCAGGGAACUCUACGCUGGAGAACAGCGCCCCCCCGGGGCAGGUCGCCUCCUCACCACUUACCAGCCACGGGACACCAGGCGACACACCCGACCCCGCCCAGCCUGGACGUCUGCAGGUGCAGAGUCACAGCCCUGACGCCAGCCCCAGAGCACCGCUGGGAAUCAACCGACAGAGACACGAGCAGAGACCCCAGCCACGGAGCCUCGCGUUCGCGUCCAGCGCAGCCGUACCACCCGUAUCCCGAGCAAUGGAACGUGUGUUAGUGACGCACCCGAGCGAGCUGCUGCCCUGUCAGACAGGCAGCCCGCCAGAAGCCCAGGAAGAGGACCAGGAGUCCCGCAGGCCCCGGGGCAUGGGGGGCCAGCUCACUGCCGGGACGGAGACGGCCUCGCCCAGUGUCUGACACGGAGGCUGCUCUGUAACCCCCGGCUGCCCGCUUUGCGGCUGGGGUGCAGGGAGCACCUCGUGAAGGGAGUGCUCGUCGUAGGGGGGCCCCCGCACACUCAGGUUUGGCGGGGAGCAAGGCGACAACUCGGGGGCACAGGGACCAAGCACCUCCCGUGGGGCCAAGUCAAGGCGGCCAGAGUGACGGUUCCGAGGACGGCAGAGGGGCUCAGCGUGUGUGCAGACAGCGCCCCACGGAGCAGGAGGCAGAGGAGGAGCCAGGAUGCCGCCAGGCCUCACUCACAGGCUGGGUGCUGGUGGCAUACUCGUGCUCGCUCCAGGGCCAGCCCAGCCAUGCCGGGCCGCCCUACCCUGCCCCUCUGGGACGUCAUUCAUGAGCCCCCGGGGUCCAGACCUUCUGCACCCCGUCCAGCUCCUGGUGAUGAUUCUCACUCGCUGUCUCGGCCCCGCCGGGCACACGUCCAGCCACCCGUCCAGCUGCUCCGCUCUCUCUACGAGGGCCACUGUUUCCUGGGAGGAGGGGGAUGAGCUCCCACCAGCGCCUCAUUCCUCCCCCUCCUGGAGAGGACAGAGUGGACCGGCGCGCGGGGGACAGAAACCGGUUCUUUCGCCCUGAGAUGGGAGCUCUUGCAGAAAAGGAAACUGAUGCCCGCUUUGGGCAACUCCCUGUUACCCACCAGUAGCUCCUCCAGGACCACCGCAGAAUGGCGAGCAGGACAGAAGGCUCUGGCCUUCGCGUGACCGAGGGGAGCUGGGAGGGUCUGGGAACGCAGGCAGCGGGGGCGCCUGUCCUCUAACCCCUGUGUCCGACGCAGACGGCUCCCCGUCUGGCUCCCCACUUGGCACUGUUCGAGGUCUUGGUCUUUGAGACCCAUCGCUGUACACGCGCAUUUUCCUUCUAUUACCAUUUUGCUUAUCGUUUUAAUUAAAACAGCCUCUGAACUUCGUCAAAUAUCUCGUGUCUAUUUACAAAGCUUCGCAGAUUUUCUCCUUUAAUUUCCUGGUGUAAUGAACUGCAUCGAUCGAUUUGCUGAUGAUGGACCAACUCCGCACUCUUGGACUCAGUCCUGCUUGGCGACGGUGCAUUUCCUAGCAUGUUCAUAGGUUAAAUUUGCUAAUUUUAAUACAGAAUUGUUUGCAUCUGUGUUCAUAAGUUAGAUCGGUCCACCGUUUUCUCCUUCUGUGUACAUUAUGUCAAGCUUUAGAAUUAAACUUAUGCUAGCUCUGAAGUGGGUAGCUUUCCCUGUUUUUCUGUGGUAUUAAAUGCCCGUCAAGAGGGAAGGACUGAACAGAAUUAACAGACACAAACUGCUAUACCUAAAACAGAUAAGCAACAAGGAUUUAUUGCAUAGCACAAGGAAUUAUAGCCAGUAUCUUGUAAUAACCUAUGCUGAAAUGUAAUCUGCAAAAAACCCCCACCGGAUCACUGUGCUGUACACCUGAACCUAAUGCAGUGUUGUAAAUCAGCUGUACGUGAACAAAACGGGGAAUUCCCGAAUAACGUGCGCCCGAGUUUAAGUCUCAGUGUCCAUCCACCAAGACCGAGCCGGCUGAACAGACUGCUGCCCACACCAGGAGUACUGCGCACACGCUAAGAGACUUGGUUACGCAGCGGUCUGCCGACCUGGAGCGAUGCCCAGCA